GUUUCUUUAUUGAAUGUAGUUUUGAAAUAUUAAAUUUUCAUAAAAUAUAUCCAUAUAUAAAUGCAGAUAUUAAUGGUCAAAUGGUUACAUUGAAGACCGUGAAUUGUCAAAUGAGAAGAUCAUUUCCGAACGAAGGGAAUAUACACAUUCCAAUUGCUACCGAGUACUCCGUAUAUUUUGAUUUCUCGUAGAACUCCUCGUUGGCACGGAGAAUGGACAAGUGUUGUAAUUCCUUUCCUGUUCGAGUGGCUUCGACUGUCGGCCAAGCCAUGGCGGUGGUUUUAUGCUCUGAUAAUUCCUUCUCCAGUCCGAGGAUCUCUUUCUCCCACGAUCUCCGGGAAUCCGACGCCGUUCCCGUCGAAUUCCACCGCCGAUGUCUCCCCGCCGACCCUUUCCUCUUUGAACCCACCUUCGACUUCGACUUCCGCGCCGGAUUCGUCCAAGAAGUAUCGCCGGCGGACGAGAUUUUCGCCGACGGCAAGAUCCUCCCCGUCCAAAUCAAGAACGCCGGCACCGCCACGCCCAGGCAGCCGUCGCCGGCGCCCGCCAAUGCCGACCAGAGCAAGAAGAUGCUGAAGGAGCUCUUGUCUGCGAAUCCCGAACCGGAGGAGGAAUACCCCGGGACGCCAGUGAAGCAUUUCUGGCAAUUCCGGCGAAGUAAAUCCACCGGAAACGGCCUAGUCCGGUCGCUGCAAUUCCUGUCCAGAAGCAAAUCCACCGGCUCAGCUCCCAACCCAAAGCCCCCUGUUCGGGCGCCGCCGCCGCCGGAAUAUUUCCCGAAACAGGGAUCAAGGCCAGAGCCGUUCUUAGCACGCUCGGUGUCUUCAAUUCUGUUCAAGAAGACCAUUAACGGCGGCAAUACUCCAUUAAAGAAGAGCAGAAGCUGCAGAUCUGCCGGCAACGGCGGAGCUCGGAUCAGCCCUGUUUUGAACAUCACAUCAAAGCACGCAUUUUUCGGAUUGGGUUCUUUGUUUUGUAACGGGAAAUCUAAAAGUAAGAAGAGAUGGGCGAUUUAAACUGCCAUUAAUCAUCGUAUAAUCAAUGCGGUUCAAGAAUAGGUAGUGUGUUCUUAGAUCAAAGUUUCAUGUGAAUAUGUGAUCUAGAUCUAAAGAAAGGAACUAAAUAUUC